CGGGGGGGACUGGCUCCUCCGAUGAAAGUCCCCUUCGAGCUGCCCCUGCAGGCAGGACUCGUCCCUCGGAUGCUCAUAACCAUCACGGGGACCGUCAACCCCAACCCAAACAGGUUUUCACUGGAUUUCAAGAAAGGGAAUGACGUUGCCUUCCACUUUAAUCCCCGCUUUAAGGAAGACAACAGGAAAGUCAUCGUCUGUAAUUCAAUGUUCCUGAAUAACUGGGGAAAGGAGGAGAGGACAGCUCUUAAGUUUCCAUUUGAAGCUGGAAAACCCUUCAAGCUCCAGAUCCUUUGCGAGGUGGAUCACUUCAAGGUAGCGGUCAACGAUGCUCACUUGCUGCAGUACAACUUCCGCGAGAAGCAGCUGAACGAGAUCACCAAACUCUGCAUUGCUGGGGACAUCACCCUCACCAGCGUUAUGCCAACCAUGAUAUAACUACGGUGGUGUAACUGUAACGCAAACUUAG